AUGGACACCGCGCCCGACCGUCAAGAUCCCCAGGAGCAGGGCGAGAGCCGCAAGUGGUACGAAAUGUCUGCAAGCGAGUUCUACGUGUACGUCGUCGCGUUCAUGUGCGGCGUGUCCAUGAUGAUGCCCAUCAAUGCCGUCUUUUCCGCGCCUGCAUACAUUAUGACGUACUACCGCUACGCCAUGCAGGACCCCGAUGCGGUUCCGCUGCAAACAAACUUCUGGAACAACGUCAUGACCUACUACAACCUCAUCGGUAUCCUUGUAAGCCUGAUCAUGGAGCCGCUGACGCUGCUCAGCUGGUUCCGCCGCAUCCCGAUAAAGGCGCGUCUGUUUGGCGGCCUGAUCAUCCUGAUCGUCGAGAUCAUCGUGCUUAUGGUGGUGCCUGCGCGCGGCACGAACGAGGCCGGUGCCGUGGCGACGAUCUGCUGCGCCAGCUUCAUUGGUGGCUUUGGCAAGAGCAUCUUCGAGUCCACGACGUACGGCAUGUUUGGUGCCUUCCCCUCGAGCUUCACGUCCACCAUGAUGGGUGGCGUCGGCAUGUCUGGUGUGCUGACGUCGCUGCUGCAGAUCAGCGUGAAGGCUGCGCUGCCCGACUCCUACGAAGGCGUGAAGAAGCAGUCGAAGAUCUACUACGGCCUGGACGUGGGUAUCCAGAUCAUGACCUUCAUUGCGCUGGGCCUGCUCCGCUUCAACAGCUUCGCCCAGAACUACUUCGGUGACCUCGGUGCUGUGAAGAGCAAGGUGGACGCCGGCAAGCUAUCGCCGGAGGUGCUCUGCAACCCCGACGAGCGCCCGGUCCAUGGCAAGGAGGGUCGCAACUCUUCCUCGGGCAAGGUGGUACCGGCCUUGGGUGAGGUACAGAUGGUCACCGCCAAGUCGGAGAGCCCAGAUGCGGCGGAAGAGGCCUCGUGGCCGCAGGAGGUGGAGGGCCCGACGAGUAACGAGAUUCUCGUGGCCACCUCCAUCUUCAGCACACUGCGCUGUAUCAAAUGGAUGUUCAUCGCAUGCGCCUUUGAUUUCCUCAUCACGCUGUUCCUCUUCCCCGCCAUCGCUGUCGGCAUGUUCCCGGACUCGAAGUGGUUCUCGACGAUCGCCGUAUUUAUCUUCAACGUGUUCGAUGUGCUGGGCCGCUUCUCGCCGUCGUUGAAGUUCAUGUGGCCGAAGACGUACAAGCAGCGCUGGAUCAUCGUAGCGGCGUCCUUUGCGCGCGUUAUCUUUGUGCCGCUGCUGCUGCUGCACUCGUACCACUACAUCCCGAGCGAGGAGUACGGCUACGUGAUGGAGGUCAUCUUCGGCUUCUCGAACGGCUACGUGGGCUCGAUGGCGCUGGUGCUUGGCCCGCAGUCGAAGGGCAUCGACAACGACGGCAAGCGCUUCGUUGCCGGCACUCUGAUGGGCAUCUCCAUCCUCGUCGGCGCCACGAUCGGCACCGUUCUCAGCAUCAUGACGCAGACCAUCCGCGAGCGUCACUGA